AGCGCUGGAGACAUUUUAAAAUAAACAGCUACCCGCUAACGGAGCUGCGAGCGCACUGCGUCAAAACACAGAAAUAUCUUCCGUUUAUCAAGAAAAAAGCCGAAUACAGUUGUUGGCUCUGUUUGCGGUGCAAAUAAGAAAAAACGAAAAUUUCCGAAAAUGUCAAAAAGUCAGACGUCGAUGUACGAAUAACUAACGCCGCGCUGGUAAGUUCCUGUCCAGGCACAUUGGUCCAUAUUUCCUGGACCUUUGGGCUCUGGGCUUAACUUUCUCAAGAAAUGGCUGAUUCAGAAAAGGCAGAGGAAUUUUUGGACGCUGAAUGCCCCCCCGAGUGUCUCGAAGAGACACAGACGGCUACAGCCUCUGCUCAAGGAGAACAGGAUGAGCAUCUAAAAACAGAGACGACUACCAGUACGAGCUCACCCCCCAGGGAGAAGGAGCUAGACAGUCCCUUAAACACUGAGGGAGAGCAAAGUCUCCUCUCCAUGCCAUGUCUAAUGAAGGAGCUUCGUCGGGACUCCCCAGAGUCUCAACACGCCUCCACAGGGAGCGACAAGCCUGUGUCGCGUCACGUCUACGAGAGCGACUCCUCGAAUCCCUGUAUGUUGUCUCCGUCUUCCAGCGGGCACCUGGCUGACUCGGACACACUCUCCUCGGGGGAGGAAGGCGCGGCCCCUCCUGUCGGAGAAGAGGGCGGCAUGGAAGCUGCGAAUGACCCCGGUCAGUUAGGGAGAAAAGAGGGAUCCGCCACAGGCUCAGGGGGCAGGAAGUCUCGCCGAUCGCAUUCGGAGAGCGAAAUGCCUCACAACGCCAUGGCGGCGAAGAAGAACCGCUGCCAGCCAACGGUGACGGCACCGGGGCAGGAAAAGCAAACCAAUGGCAAGUUGGGAAAAGUGAAAGGUCACCGGAGUCAGAAACACAAGGAGCGGAUGCGUCUGCUGAGGCAGAAACGAGAGGCGGCGGCACGGAAGAAGUACAACCUGCUGCAGGACAGCAGCACCAGUGACAGUGAGCUCACGUGUGACUCCAGCACCAGCUCCUCGGACGAUGACGACACUUCGGGAGGAAGCAAGACAAUCAAGACAGAUAUUCCAGACGGGCCUCCAGUAGUGGGUCACUAUGAUAUUUCAGGCACUGAUUCUAACCAGGAGAGUGUGAGUGUGGAGACAGUGCGGCCUACGGUGAUAAGGCAUGAGCUAAAAACACACAGAGGCCAGGAUAUGGCAGCACACUCUGGGUGUAUAAGAGCUCUGGGCUCUAUCUCAGGCCACGCGGAGGCAGAGCUGUCGCACAGAGAGAGCUCUCAUCACAAAGGCCAGAUUAACCUUGCGUCCUCAGACAGUGAGGUGGAAAUAGUCGGAGUGCAAGAGAACGCACGAUGCGCCCAUCCGUGCGGAGGGGUGAUAAAAAGUCUGUCUUCCUGGAAGGAGGGUUCAGUGGAGCAGUUAAACAGCACAAAUCAAUCACAGCUCUGGACUAAUGUCUCCCCUCGCCCCAACUGGGUCUCCCCUCCCGAAGUGGUGGACCUGACGUUGGACGAGGACGCUGGGCACAAAUAUCUACUUUAAAACCGUUCACACACACCCUGCCUAGUCUGACUUAGGCUGGAAUCAUUAGAUUGCAGCCUAUCCCUUGCCUGCUCAUAGACUCCUUGUUAUUCUCGGACUCCUGUGUUUAACUUUCUGUUUAUCAAAGCCAUUCUACUGAUGUGACACCCCCCCCCCCCCCCCCCUUACAAUCUGCUAAUCAACUAGGAUCCAACUGUAAUGAAAUGGCACAGUGCUGUAAGUGCACAUUGAAACUUACAAGUGGGUAAUCUGUUCACGAUAGCAAUAUCCUCCCUUCAUUUAUUACCUCGGUCACUCUUCCGUACCGGAGUUGGCCGGAUAUUCUGCGCUCGCAAGUGACGAAUGUUGCCCUGCUGCUUUAGAUUUGAUCAGGUUCACAGCACAGCUGUUGAUUUGCAUCACUACACACUUUGAGUGGGAUGUUUUGGACCUGAUUUCUUUUAUCUGUCAACGGAAAGAUCAAGCUGAAUCAGUUUUUUUUUAAAUAGCGCAACGGAAAUAUAUGGCAACAGUAACUGAUCAAACGGGGGGGGGGGGGGGAGUUUUUUCCUUUUUAGAGGUCUCAACACUGGAUGCGCGUUCAAAUCAGUCGGCAUUCAUAGUUUGCUUCGCGCAGUGUCCAAAAGAGGCGCCGCCUGCUCCGAUUCCUUCAGGGAGGGUUCCAGUCUUAUCGAGGGGAAAUGUUACAAAAUUUGUUGGAGUUCAAAGGAGAAGAUUAAUGACACCAGUCAUUAAUCUGUCUCGGCUCGGAUUUACAUCCACGCGUUGUCUUGAGAACAACGCUGGUAUCUUGCACACAGGACCUUACGGUUUCUUGACUUCAUUUAAAAAAAAAAAAGAGUGAGUUGUUAUUGAAUAGUCUGACACACGACUGUUCAGUUUUUCAGCUUAGCUUUUGGAACCAGUUUUAAAUGGUAGCGAUUACCUGUUGUGAACUCUCCAUUUGUGUACAAUGAUAAAAUCCCUGUUUAGGCCUGAUGCAAGCAUCUGUUCCAGCUGAUCCAGAUCUACGUAGAGACGGUUGACAAAUACCGUUCACAUCCGGCGUCAGCAUCCGCCCUGAGCGAUCUCUGUAACGCAUACAUUUAAAUUCACCACGCUUAAAAUUGACCUGAGUCUAACUUUUAAGUUAAUCAACCUGUGAAACUCUUGCUGGGCUUAGUUCUGUAGCUUAAAUAUGAGAGAAGUAGAAGGGAGUAAAAGUGGGAGUCUGCAAAGCUUGGCAUUUUAGCUAUGCACCAAUUUAAUCAUCCAGAGAUCGAGAUCAGCCAGGUUUCCUCUGGUUGUCUUAGUUUGGUGAUUUGCAGGUCAAAUGCAAGAAACUUUUUUUUUUUCCCCCUAAUUAUUGAAUCCAUUAAAAAUAAGACCUGAAAUGCAUCAACCAUCAACAUGUACGUUGAAGCACUGUAUGGUUGUAGUUUAAUGCAGAUCAGCCAAAAGUUAAGGACAAAUACUUUGAUACAUAAAUGCCGUGUAUUCUGUAUCUCCGUUGUUUUCUGUUGGGUUCUGAACCAGUGGUCUCCAACCUUUUUUUUUGUGCCACAGGCUGAUUUAACGUCGGACAAUAUUUUUACGCGUAUAAAUACAACACGAUAGAUAAAAUAUGACCCACAUCAAAGAAGAUGUCUUUUCAAAAUCUAAAUAUUCAACAAUAUGGUGAAUAUGCAUGAACAAUUCCACCCACCAUAACCCUGAAUCAGUGGGAGCCCUCAGCUCGUUUCUCUGCAAUGAGUCGGUCCCACAGCGGAGUAACGGGAGACCAUGAAACCUGAAGGUUUUGUUUUGCUUUUUUUUUGUUUUUCUUUUGUCGAGCCUAUACUGUAAUUUAACUUUUACCUACAUUCAAGGCCCCCGUCAUUGCGCAGCCUCUCCUAGAAGUUCACAGAAAAUGUUUUGUGGUGGGCAGAAGCAAUUGUUCAAUGGUGAAUGGUCUCUUAGCCUCAGCAAUACUGUUAGUCACCAAGUAUGGCGCUUAUCUGUGCUUUUAUUAAUGUGACUCUUAAACGGAUGUAACGGGCAGAAUCCAGCUAUUUUUCCAAAUAAAAAAAAUUGUUCAGAGAAGAUAAAGCGAAAGUAAUGUAAGUUGUCUUUCAGUGCGGCCCUGGGGUUGGGGACCACCAUUCUAUACCUUCUAUAUCUAUUUUUUUUAGGAGGAAAAAGUCACAACAGAUCAAACUCUGAACCAGAAGGCCUAACCUAACUGAAAAUCUACCGUGUGCGUCUUCCAGGAAGAGCUUUGGUCGACGCAUCGCUGAUUUUGACCCGCCAGUAAAACGCCCGACUUCCUCACCAGUCAGCUCACAGUAUCCCACACACAGCGCAGCCUAAAAAACAAAUCGUCGUUUAGUCUACAGAGGGAGAAUACAGCAGGAGCUUUUUAUGAGUUUGCGUAUAAUCCGGUCGAUCGGCUCGCUCAGGACGGACGCCGCUACCAGAUGUGAAUGGGGUCAAACGCAUCCCAGACGUUCCUUUUUAAAUCCCGUUUACAGGUUGAGUUUCUGCAUCUUGCAUCUGGACCACAAAGGAAGAGAGCAGCACUGGUUUAAAUUCCAACACUAAAACAUGUGGCUCGUUUCCACAUAUAAAUGGGAGGCAAUUCGGUGAAGAAUUCAUUGUUCUAGUUUAGUUUUGAGUUUGAGUUGUGUUUGGACGCCACGUUUUCAUUUGAAAGACUCGUUAUCGGUGAAUGUAUGACCUUGCAGUGCUGGCUCAGUUUGUACUGUCUUGCGUGCUUUUCUUGAAUAGGUGCAUACUCCUUUAAAAAAAAAAAAAACGAAACUCUGGGAAUCCCUUUUUAAAAACAGGAAAUGUUUCUUCCCUUGAAUACUGCAAAGAAAGAUGAUCUGAAUGCCUUGAAAUGUGCACUAUUUUCUUUAAAAAAAAAAUGUACAAAGCUUGUUAUUUUAACUUUCCAGAGCAGUAGAUUUUGCAGCCUCAACCACAAAUAUAUUUUAAUAAUGGUUGUGAAUUAAGCACAUAUAUAAAUAUCUAUAAAAUAAAAAGGGGUGAUGAGUCUGUGCUUGUGUGUGAACCGUUGUGGGACAGUUGAUGUUUUUUUUGUUGUUUUUUUUUCCUCAGGGCCUUCUUGCUUCUUCCCUGCAAUCAUACCUUGUCUUCACGCCGCACUGCAACCAAGCUGGUGAAUUCGUACCAGUAGACACCCUUUGCAAGCUGUUUUUUUUUUCCUCCCUCAUUGUAAUACGUUGAAUAUUUACUUUCCUACGCCAUAUUUGAGAAUUUAUUAUAUAGGAACUUCCGCAGAUGACAGAAAGGGAAAAUUUUUAACAUUUUUAGCAACCUAAACCAAAGUCUGAAUGGAAUGUGUGUUCCCUGCUUGUUUCCGUUUUAAUCGUUUAAUCUUCGCUCCCUGUCAUGCUUUUUGUAAAUUUUGAAUUGCACUCUUGUUUUGGAAGAAUAUGAUGCAAAUUAUGUUUUAAAAACUCUUUUUUGGGGCAGUUAUUUCCACAAUUUGCAGCUUUCACCUUUUAUUAAUUGUCUACCAUUUCUGCUUGCGAAAUCUGCUCUUUUAGCUAGUUAGUGAGACAUUGCAUGUCAUUUAUUACCCGUAUCAGCAGGCAACAUGGCAGGGAUGCCUGACUAUGGUUUUACAUUGCAUGGUUAAUAUUGUUUUUAAAACCGAGGUCAGAAAUUUUGCUUUUUACAGCUGACUCUGCUUUUCUCUUUGUUUUUAUUCAGUUUGACUCUCAGUAUUUUUAACUAUCAAGACAUUUUUUUUUGUCCUUGUUGCUUCUGCAAGACCCUGAGUUCCUUGAAAUCCUGUAUGUAGAACAAAAAGAAACUAUUUUAAGAGUAAAUAAAUAGUAUUAUUUAAUGA